AUGCAGGGUCGUUUUCCGAUCUGGCAAAGUGCAUUGCUGAGCCGAUGUGGUCUCCGUGGACUCUUGACCUGCUUUGUCAAGGAGGCUGUGCAUCUUGCAGGCAAAUGUGUAUGUAGUGUGCAGCACGGCUCUCCGGCAGAAGCAUGCUCGUGCAUGAUUUUGGGGGGAUGGAGUCUUGGUGCUUUGCCUGCUUCCAUGCUGCAACAGCUGCUGCAAGCAUGCGGCAUCGACAUUCGCGGUUUCUUUACUCUGGAUGCGCGCGGCCCAGGCAUUUUGUCAAGUCCUUCUUACAUGCCGAGCCACCUUUUGCCGGAGUCAGCAAAGAUGAGACAGAGCAUUCGAAAUGCAGCAAUUGAGGCUCCAUUGGCAUAG